AUACAACCACAAUAAGGAGCCAGAUGCAUUUUCAGAAGCCAGGACUCCAGUGAUGUGAUUGCGAUAGCUACACCACCUACUAACUGUUUUCGGUAAGGAUAUCAAAUAAAUCCAUUAAGUUUCUCAGGACAGAAUCAUCUUUGCGGCUGGAACUGCCGAACAGGAAACAGACUCAGAGAGAAUUUCAACCCCCGCCCCCAGUCUCAUUGGCCCUUUGCACAAUCCAAGCCACAAUCACUCCUGCAACACAACAUAUUCCUUUCAGCACUCGCAGCCCUGGACAGCUCCCUCGCCGCGCGGUUCAUUCCCCUGCAGUGAGCAGAAUCCUGUUCAGCCUGCACCGGUCGGGUGCGGCAUCCGACACCAAGUCCUCCCCAGAGCUUGCAGAGCACGCGCUCCGUCCCUCCUCCCUCUCGGCGCCCCCGCCACUGGCUCACCCCAGCUCACUCCAGACGCGACUUUAAGGGAUUCCCUCUCGGACGGCCUCUGCUGCAGCACAUCUGGUUUCAUUCGCUGCAAGGCAACCAUGGAUCUCCGAGGAAGAGCCGUUCUCAGCUUGAAUAGACUUCGAGUUCUCCUAAUGCUGUUCCAUACAAUGGCUCGAGUCACGGCAGAACAAGAAGUGGAAAAUCUCUCAGGCCUUUCCACUAACCCUGAAAAAGAUAUAUUUGUGGUGCGGGAAAAUGGGACGACCUGUCUCAUGGCAGAGUUUGCAGCCAAAUUUAUUGUCCCUUAUGAUGUGUGGGCCAGCAAUUAUGUCGAUCUGAUCACGGAACAGGCUGAAAUCUCACUGACCCGGGGAGCUGAGGUGAAGGGCCGCUGUGGCCACAACGAGUCGGAGCUGCAGGUGUUCUGGGUGGAUCGCGCGUACUCGCUCAAACUGCUGUUUGUAAAGGAAGGUCACAACACCUCCAAGGGCCCCGAGGCGACGUGGAGGCUGAGCAAGGUCCAGUUUGUCUACGACUCCUCGGAGAAGACCCAUUUUAAAGACGCAGUCACCGCUGGGAAGCACACAGCCAACUCACAUCGCCUCUCUGCCUUGGUCACACCAGCCGGAAAGUCCUAUGAGUGUCAGGCUCAGCAGACCAUUUCACUAACCUCCAGCGAUCCGCAGAAGACAGUCACCAUGAUCCUGUCUGCAGUCCACAUCCAGCCCUUUGACAUCAUCUCUGAUUUUGUCUUCAGUGAAGAGCAUAAAUGCCAGGUGGAUGAACAGGAACAGUUGGAGGAAACCUUGCCCCUGAUUUUGGGGCUCAUCUUGGGUCUCGUCAUUGUGGUAACGCUGGUGAUUUACCACAUCCACCACAAAAUGACUGCCAACCAGGUGCAGAUCCCUAGGGACCGGUCCCAAUAUAAACACAUGGGCUAGGGGCCAUUAGGCAGGCAGCCCCAAACCCCUGUGCCCCACCUGGAUCAGAUAGAGACACAAAAGCACUUUACCACCUUGUACAUGGGAUACACCAACAUAGCUACAAUCCGGCAGUCCUGGGUAUCCCAGGCUUGCUUGACCAGCGUCCAUGCUUAAACCCAGGGAUGGAGGGAUUCUUUUGGAUGCAGGAGGUGAGUGGCAGCUGUUCUCUCUAUGCUGGGGAAUGGGAAUAGAGGGGUCAGCCAGCUUUCAUGCUCAUGGUGGCUUGGCUUUGACUUUUGAAGGAGUAACACAUAAAAGUCAGAGGGGUAUCUGGCCCCAAACUUUACAGAUUGGAAAGACACUCCCUUUGGGAGGACACCCCUUUAGGUUCAGAGGAAUGGGGGUGCUUUGGUCCCUUGAACACAGCUGGCUUACCCUACACAAUUGUCAAUGCACACAAAAUACAACCUCAUGCUCCCUGCGGCAAGACCCCUGAAAGUGACCCAUGCUUCUGGCUGGCAUUCUGCAUGUCUAGUGAUUGUCUUGGGAAUGUUCCACUGCUACUUGCACCCAGUGACUUCGCAGCACAAGCACCUGGUCAAUGCCACUCUGCAGAGCUGUUUGGACUUCACAGUGUGCCAGGUCCAACUAAGGGGACCUGAAGAAUCAAUCAAUCCAUGUGAGUUUGUUUUUCAGAAUGAAUUAAAACACUACAGUCUAAA